CGCUAGCGGCGUUGUUUGGUGCGCUGUGAAUUUUACCCCAAAAGUUAAAAGCAUUCAAAAAUGUCUUCUCAAAUCCAGUCCGUUCAUACACCAUCGGUAUCGUUGAGUAAAUAUCGCGACCAGCAUUUCAAGGGCUCGCGCCACGAACAGGAAAAACUUUUGCGACUUUCCUGCACACUGUACGUGGGUAACCUUUCGUUCUACACCACCGAAGAACAGAUUCAUGAGCUCUUUUCUCGGUGUGGAGAUGUGCGGCGUAUCAUUAUGGGGCUGGAUAAAUUCAAGAAAACACCGUGUGGAUUUUGCUUUGUGGAGUAUUACUCACGGUUAGAUGCGGAGAGUGCGAUGCGAUACAUCAACGGUACACGGCUGGACGAUCGGAUCGUGCGUGUCGACUGGGAUGCUGGGUUCAUCGAAGGCCGUCAGUAUGGGCGGGGAAAAACGGGAGGACAGGUGCGUGACGAAUACCGGCAGGAUCACGAUUUGGGUCGAGGUGGUUACGGCAAGAUGGUACAGAUGGGCCAACUGGGCGCUCCUUCAAUGCGCGAAUAGAGAUCGUGUCGGCAUCAGCAUGGAAACACGACCGGGGUUAGGAUAACUAAUCUAUAAAUGUAAAUUUCUCAUAAGCGUAUAAUUAAGCGAAUGAAAUCAUUUUCUACAACCGGAAA